GACGAGUUCUACUAUGGAAUCAUGAAACAAAGACAUUGUAUAAAUAGUCGACAUCUUGUUGGAAGCAGUCAGUUCAUUGUUGACAACUUAAUUAUCAACAAUUAGUGAAAAAAGACUAACAUAUUAUAAUGAAACUGAUUUUAGUUUUAUUGGCAACUUUUUUAGUGGCUACAGUAUGUGCGGGGUACGGUGAUGCAAAUGGUUACGGAGGAGAUGGUUCAAAUUUUGAAGAAAGGAAGGGUUACAAUCGUUCGAAAGGUUAUGGAGAAUCAAGAGGCUAUGGAGUAUAUAGACAUCGGCCAAGAAGCAGACGAGGACAUAGGAUAAGUAGACCAGGCUCAUCAUGGUAUAAUCCUGGAGGUCCAAUAAAAACCACGAUAGACGAACCGACCGAAAAGCCAACCUCAGCACCAGGCACAGGAACGCCAAACACUGGAUUCCCAACUAAUCCAACUGGUGGACCAGGAACUGGCGUAACCUCCGUGACGAACACUCGAUUCCCAACUAAUCCAACUGGUGAACCAGGAACUGGCGAAACAUCCGUGACGAACACUCGAUUCCCAACUAAUCCAACUGGUGUACCAGGAACUGGUGAAACAUCCGUGACGAACACUCGAUUCCCAACUAAUCCAACUGGUGGACCAGGAACUGGUGAAACAUCCGUGACGAACACUCGAUUCCCAACUAAUCCAACUGAUGGACCAGAAACUGGCGAAACAUCCGUGACGAACACACGAUUCCCAACUUAUCCAACUGGUGGCUCAGGAAGUUCUCCAACGGAAGCACCAACAUCUUCGCCCUCUCCUCCAUGUUCGAUGGGAAAUGUUAAUCAAAUCACUAUUCUAGAAUCUAUAAAAUCUUUAUUCGAUAGAACGCUCAAGGCUGCUGUUAAAGUCGUCAGAUAUUUCUUGAGCGUAAUUUUCAAAAAUCUGCUCAAUGUCCUCACCAAUGUCGUGCCAAAGGGUGGGAGGGUUAACGUAAUAAAUCUGAUAACUUUGCUGAAAAGGCUGAAGAAUCCCACACUUUCAACCUUGAUUUUCAAGGUCCUAAAAUUGUAUAAGGCAAAAGAGUGUCUGGCUUUUGAAUUAAUUCCGAAUUUCAUUCUGAACACCAAAAUCAAUAUUAAUGCAUUCAUUAAGCUGUUCCGAAGUCAAUGCCAAUAUAGAACUUCGGUUACAUUCACUUUGAUUCUUAAUGUAAUUGGUGAUUAUUUAGUUAAUGUAUACUCUAUCAGAUUGCAUUGAAAAUAUGCCGCAGUGAUUCGGUAACAAGUUCUUUUUUUAAUCUGGUAAUAAUAUUCAAAUUGUACUUAAACUUUGAAAUAUAUUGUUAAUAAAAUUUGAAAAUACUUACAAUAAA